CUCCGACCUUGAGCACUUCGACACCAGGUAGAUUAGCAUGCGCACCGCCACGUCGGUUUGUCGUUCAACAAGGGCGCGUCGUCAAGAGGUCAAUAACAUUCAGAUGGUUUGGCCUAAAGUUGAAGAUAUCCGAAGGCGCAACUACCCAACUUCGUUGAAGUUGGUCUGUCGCUGUUGAAGCCCGAAUGCGGUCGGUUACCGGUGUUCAGGCGUGAUGCUGGCUUUGCAACGGUUUUUGGUCGCGCACUGAAACAUUCCUGAUGCCAUCGAUGGGGUUUAGUCUCGUUGGUAAAAAAAAAAGUCAAAUUUGUCGAUGAUAGAGGGUCGAGGGUAUAUGGUUUAGUCCAAGGGAACUUGUCACGGAUUGAGACCGCGCCUCUUCAAUUUUCCCACAAAGCCUCAAUUCUCUCUCUCCCGCCUCCACGCUCAAUCCUACGACUCAUGCCCAAGAUUCAGACACAAAAAUCGAUCAGAAGGGCUCGUAUCAGAGCGUUCAAUACACACCUCCAACGCGGUCCGUAUCCACCUUUCCCAGUUGUAAGCUUCUCCUCUCCAACUGCUUAAUGACUGAUCAGAACCGAUGUCACAGAAUCAGCAUGUAUGCCCAUCAUUUUCUCUCUACCCGUGGUGCUAUUGGCAGAGACUGACACUCACCUUCAAGGCUCAAAAUCCGCCUGUUAUUGGAGACCCUGUGCUGCCCCUCAGAUUGAUCCACCUUUUCUUGAACAUGCAUCUCAAUGACGAUACUCUCCUCAGGAUUGCUGUAGGACUCUCAGGGCCCCUGCAAUCUCUCGUGCACCACAUGCUUAUUAUGUUAAUUCUACAGAUGGUCGCAUUCUGUCUCGGUUUUCUUGCAAGCUACUUGCAAAUGCAUCGCAGAUUUUCGGGACUCUGAGAGACUGAGUUUUGGAUCAUGAUUGGCAAUUCCCUUUUGACCGCAAAUCCUAGUAAAUUUCUUGAUUGACUGAUUGGUUCAGUCGCGAUUUCUUGGUUCAUUUUGAUCCCGUCGCUAUCAAUUGUUCAUCAUGUGAACUUAUUUCGGCACAGACCGCCAUGAUCACUUGCAUCUUGGAGAACUUCUCGCAGCGACAAAAGACACGCCUGCUAAUACUCCUGCCAUCCAGUACACAGUCGCCAACACAUACCCACCACGAUGCGUAUUGUGGGAGGUUUCAACCAUGAUACCCGUACCAUACUAGAGUUCGUCCGAGUCGCGAAGAGUCUUAUUACCUAUCGAGCAAGAUACGUAUGAUGUAGUAGUACAUCACCCUGCGUAUAUUGGCCACAUAUAUACCCAUACUGCAGGUUUCUCUUUGAUUCGGCCCCUUGAAUAACGUUGAACUCGAC